AUGUUUGAUGAAAGUCCUGUUUUGGCUAUUGCAGGGCUUGUAAAAGGAGCUAAUCAAGGGGAGGGUCACAAGGAAUGGUUGGCUGAAAUCAAUUAUCUUGGUCAGUUGCGUCAUCCUAAUCUUGUAAAAUUGAUUGGUUAUUGCUUAGAGGAUGACCACAGACUUUUGGUCUAUGAGUUCAUGCCCAAGGGUAGCAUGGAGAAUAAUCUAUUCAGGAGAGGUUCUUACUUCCAGCCAUUUUCUUGGAGCCUACGAAUGAAAAUUGCUCUUGGCGCUGCACGGGGACUUGCCUUUCUUCACAAUUUUGAUCUUUUACCUGAGAAAGAUGAUGGAGGCUAUGUCUGUGGAGGAUGGAAACUUGUUCAAUAUGAAACUGAGAUCACAGCCUAUGUUGAGCCAAACAAAAUCAAGAAACUUACUGGUGUCAAAACUAAGGAGCUAUUCAUAUGGAUCACUCUUAGUGACAUAUAUGUCAACGAUCCGCCUAACGGAAAAAUCACCUUCAAGACUCCGACCGGGCUGUCCCGAUGUUUUCCAGUUGAAGCUUUCGUGGUCGAGGAGGAGGAUAUUAAGAAAGUUCAAGAACAUGCUGAGGUAAAACCAGCUGUUGAAGUGAAGGAAGUGUAA